UUUUACAACCACUGACGUACUCUCCUUAAGGUGUUGACAUAAUUUCAAUACGUUCAUAAAAGCAACAAAUGUGACCCUAAUCAUUAAAACUGUGCAUUUUUAUUGUUUUCUUAAAUUAUUACAGCCUCCUGCAGGGUUAUCUUCGACUCUUUUCAUUCUUUUCUACUUUUUUGUGCCAUUAUUCUCGAAAAUAUUGUGAUUUAUACACGAAAAUGACUACGAUAAGAAUCAGUGAUUGUCAAACGGUGGAGAUGAAAACUGAUUUAACUGGAAAUAAUAAUACUGGAAAUGUUAUAUGGAAUGUUGAGUUACCACAAUUAACAUCGGAUGAAUGUUUGCCGGUUAUAGGAAGUUCAAGUUCAAUUUUAACAAAUUUAGAUGCAGAAAAAAGUUUACACAAUUUAGAAGUUGGUCAAAACAUGGAAUUUAUUGUUUUACAAGAUAACGAAAAGCUUCCACAAUUUCAAACUAGUACAAAUUUUUUUGUGGUAAAGAGAAAUAUAAAACAAUUAGAAUCUAUUGAUGGUGCUACAGUUUUAACUGCAAUAACUAGAGAUGUAGAUGAUUCAUAUUUUUUUUGUUCACUAUGUCCUUUUUUUUGUUUGCAAGAGAAACGACUUUCUGAUCAUAUGGAAACUGCACAUAAAAAUGGUGAAACAAUGAAGAUUAUUAAAUAUAAAUGCCCUGGUUGUGAAAACAUAUUUUUUCAAAAAUUAUCUUUAAAGGCUCAUUUAAUAAACGAUCAUAUGGUUUUAAGUUCAGAUUUAACUAAAAUUGUUACAAAUGUAAUUAAAAAGUUAGCAAAUAACAGAAAAGAUUUGGAAAUUGUUAUUAAUAGCAAAGCUGAGACUUUAAAUUGUAAAAAUGAAAUUGAUACGAAAUUUAAUAAUAAACUUCCAAGUUUACAUACAGAAAAAAUUAUUGAAGGUGAUGAAUUAAAUAAUGGAGAGUUACCAAAUAAUUCAAACGAAUCGUUACCAGAUAUAAGUCAAACGUUAGAUAAUUUAAGUAAUUUAAACACUUCAUUGGUAGUUAAUUUACCAACAAUUGAUAUAUUACCAUGUAAUUCAGAAAAAAUGUUUAAUAAUUUCGUUAAAAAACGUAAUUCCUCGACAAUAUCAAAACUUUUAGACCGAAAAUUGCACCGGUGUACUCUAUCCGGUUGUAACGUGCGUUUACAAAACAUGGAAAAAUUAAAUUACCACAUAAAAUGUCAUAGUGAUACAACAUUCAAGUGUCCGGAAUGUAAUGAGGCGUUCGCAUUUUGGAAACCGCUCACCGGACAUUUAUGGCGCCAACAUAAAAUCGACAUGGAAUUAUUUUCUUGUGAUAAAUGCGAUUAUAAAACGUAUAGUUUGGGAAAAUUAAAUAAUAUCCAUAAAUUGAUACACAACGAUGCCAAACCGUAUAUUUGUAAUUUAUGUCCAAGAGCGUUUAAAAAUUCGAAACAAUUACGAAAUCAUAAAACUUUACAUAAACAAAAAACCCAAAAAAAUAAUAGUGUUAUGUGUGAGAUCUGUUCCAAAUAUUUUUCAAAUCGACGACAAUUAAGAGUACACACGGAUAGUGUUCACAAAAAAAUUAAACCGUUUUUAUGUACAUAUUGUGGAUAUAAAGGGGCUACUAAAAGUGCUUUAAGAAUGCAUACAAGACAACACACAGGUGAAAAACCUUUUGCAUGUGAUACAUGUUCAUAUACAACAGCUGAUCAUAAUUCAUUAAGAAGACACAAAUUAAGGCAUUCAGGUGAAAUGCCGUAUAAAUGUAUUCACUGCGAUUAUGCUUGUAUACAAAGCAGUACUUACAAAGUUCAUCUAAAAACGAAACAUCCCGGAUUAGAACAAGAUUUAUUGUAUUCAUGUACAGAGUGUUUGUUUAGAACUAUCAAUAAAAGUAUGUUUAAAACACACGUUUCAACAAUGCAUAAUAAUACAACAUUAACUUGAUUCAUUAAUUUAUUGUUAACAAAUAAGAUUAUUAUAUCUAAUAUAAACCGCUAUAAAAUC